AUGCACGGCAAUGCUGCACGCGGAGUUGCCAUUAGACUCGGAAAGGCGAAGCGUUCUCCUCUAGAAAAAGCUCGACAUCUCGAUAGUCUUCCGUCUUAUCAAGCACAAAAGCUUUUGGACGGAUCUCAUCAACUGCGAAUUGAUUCACAUCACGUAGGUGUGCCUGGUGGCCACGGUGCAGGCGGACACGGUCAUAAAAAAGAAUUUGGACCAGCAAUGAUACUCUACUAUUUGGCUUCAACUUUUAGGGCGUUAUACCCACGAUUAGAUGACGAUUUCGUGGAUAAAUUAAAUUAUUAUUAUACGACGACAAUACUAGCUUCUUUCGCACUUCUUGUGUCUGCUAAGCAAUAUGUUGGUUUCCCCAUCCAAUGCUGGGUGCCAGCUACCUUCACUGAUGCUAUGGAACAAUAUACCGAAAAUUACUGUUGGGUUCAAAAUACCUAUUGGGUUCCAAUGCAGGAGGAUAUUCCACGUGAGAUAUAUUCACGUCGAAAUCGUCAAAUUGGAUAUUACCAAUGGGUUCCUUUCAUCUUGGCGAUAGAAGCAUUACUAUUUUAUGUUCCUUGCAUAUUAUGGAGAGGAUUACUAUAUUGGCAUAGUGGUAUAAAUCUACAAGGCCUCGUUCAAAUGGCCUGCGAUGCUAGACUGAUGGAUACAGAAGUCAAGACCCGAACUGUAUACACUAUGGCCAGACACAUGCAGGAUGAGUUGAAUAAUAUUGAUCGAUCGGGACACUCAAGAACAUGCUUUGCAAAUAUGCAACUGGGAAUAAAUUGCGGCAGACAUUGUGGAUGCUAUGUUACAAUGCUGUACAUUGGCAUUAAAGUUCUCUACUCUGCUAACGUUUUGCUUCAAUUCUUCUUACUCAAUCACUUACUUGGCUCAAAUGAUCUUGCCUAUGGUUUUUCGUUACUGAAAGAUCUUAUGCAUGAGAUAGAGUGGGAACAAACUGGAAUGUUCCCCAGAGUUACUUUAUGUGACUUCGAAGUGCGAGUUCUUGGUAACAUUCAUCGUCAUACAGUUCAAUGUGUGCUCAUGAUUAAUAUGUUCAACGAAAAAAUAUUUCUCUUCUUGUGGUUUUGGUUUUUGACUGUUGGAGUUAUAACAGUCUUCAAUACAUGUUAUUGGGUUCUUAUUAUGUUUAUCCCUAGCCAAGGAAUGGCAUUUGUCCGUAAAUAUCUACGUGUCUUAGCUGAUCAUCCCUCUAAACCUGUCGCAGACGAUGUUACGCUCCGAAAAUUCACAAAUAAUUUCCUGCGCAAAGAUGGAGUUUUCAUGCUUCGUAUGAUUUCUACACAUGCUGGUGAGCUUAUGACAAGUGAGCUUAUACUAGCACUAUGGCAAGACUUUAAUAAUGUCGAUCGUACUCCAACGCAGUUUUGGGACACAGAUCAUGGACAAGUAACAUUGGAUUAA